AUGAAUUCCGAAGGCGAGCCACCGCAGAAAAAGAAGAAAACGAAUCUAUCUCCUUCUUUAUUAUCGCUUCCAGAUGAAAUCAUUGCGAACUGCCUAGCUCACAUAUCGAGAUCGUACUACCCUGAACUCUCCCUUGUCUGCAAGACCUUUCGUUCUCUCAUCUUAUCCAAGGAGCUCUCCAAUGCGCGACUUCUCCUCGGAAACACUCAAUACGUCUUACAUGUCUGCUUACAGUUACCCGAUCGCAAGCAUCCCUCUUGGUUCAGUCUCUGGAUAAAACCUCAUCAAACCCUAAACAAUGACUUGGACAAGUGUAGCAAGAUUACUCGGUUGGUACAAACACCCUCUUCAUAUUCUACCCGUGUACCAUUUUUAAGGGUUAGGGUUGGUUCUGAAUGCUGGCUUGAUGGCUUCAGCCAAACCCAAUAUCGGUCUUCUGUCAUGAAGUGGAAUGUUGCGGGGCCAAAAGAAUCCGCGAAUUGGGCUGAGGUUUUCGAUCCAAAGACUCAAACUUGGGAAACUUUACCUGAUCCUGGGAUCAAGAUACGCUGCUCAAAAAUUAAAGCAAUAGAUGAGAUCAAAGAAAAGCUUUACUUUAGAAGCUACGACGAGAAGGAAGACUAUGUUUUUGAUCCGAAAGAAGGUAAAUGGGACGUCGUCGCUGCGAUAAAAAUGGAUCCCCCGUGUGUGGUGGAGAAUGUAUGCUAUAUUUGUUAUGAAAAAAAUUGCCUGUGGUAUGACAUAAAACUUGAACGAUGGAGAGCGGUUAGAGGUUUGGAUGUGUUGAUUGAGAAUCUUUCUACUCGUAUGAUUAAAGUAGCUAACUACGGUGGGAAACUGUUAAUGUUAGGGGACAAGCCUACAGGGCCUGGUCGUAAUCGAUACAAAUUCAUUUGGUGUGCGGAGAUUGCGCUUGAAAGACGUGAUGAUGGUGAAGUUUGGGGAAACACUAAGUGGGCUAAUGUUGUGCUUAAGGUUCCAAGUUCGUAUGUUUACUUGCGUACUCAAGUGGACAAGAUUUGA